UCACCAGGUUAAAGUACCCAAUCAGCUUGCACUCUGGAGAAAAUUAUUUAGUGGGGUGUUUCCUAUAAUAUACUGUACUCAAGUCUCUUAAAGAAAGAAGCAGGGGAAAAAAGGUGGCCAUGCCAUGGAUUUUGGUUGGUGUCUGGGGUGAUUGAAAACCCUGCUUUUUGCAGUUCAGGGAUGAUUCUUUGCUCAAAGGCUUGCCUGCUUGUUUUUAAAGACUGGACUGAUUAAGAAAUGGAGAUGGUAAUUUCUUCGGUGCCCCUCCCGGGCAAAUUUGAUUCCAAGAAGAAAAGAUAUGAGGAGGGGGAUAAGAAGGAGGAGAUAAAAUAACAGAGAGAAGGCAUUUUUCUUCUGUGGACUUCUCUGGGGAUGUUUACCGUAGAGAGUGGAGAAAGAAAGGGAGAAGAAAAGGCAGCUUUGGAUCCUCAAGAGAUGCAUUUGAAAGGAAAAUUUCUCACUCAACGAUGAGUGGUUGAUUGGGGGGGGGGUAGAUGGGAAAUGGGAAGGGGUUGGAAGAAGAGCCGUUUCUACUAGCUCCCCGCUGGCGGCCUCCCUGCCUACCUUUUAUUUUUAUUUUAAACAUGUUUCUGACCUGCGGGAUGGCCCCAGCUGCGGCUUCCGUUGCCACGUCCGUGGAUUACAAUGGAGAUUUCCAAGCUGGUUAUCAGGAAAUCGACGGCAUCAGUUUGGGUUACCUGCAGAUUAACGGCACGAAGAUGUUUGCUCUGACCCAGGUCUUCAGCGACCUUUUUAAGGACAUUCCUCGGGCCGCCGUCAGCAAAAAAAUGGAAAGCCUCAAGAUCCAGAGUCGCCGGUGCGACCUGAAGGAGCUGCGCACUCUCAAAGCCAUCCAGUCGGUGCCAAUGCGCGCCGUCAAAUGUUCGCUCAUUUCCAAGACCGACCUGGAGGCCCUCUGCACCUCCUGCAAGGCCUUAACCCCCAGGAAGAGGAAAAGGAAGAGGAAAGUCAAAAGGAGGGAAGCCGAGGUCCUGUUCGAUCGGCCCCGGUUACUACCGGCGUACGACGAACCCGACCACCACACCUUUCGUGCCAGUUUGGGUGCCGGCUGCGCCAAGCGCGAGGCACUCUUCGGAGCUCCAUUUGCUAGGAGCUACGAGAAAGCUGCACCGCCUUCCAAAAGCUACAACCGGAACGGUAGAGCGCACCUCCUGGCCGGCGUCCUCCACGCUUACCCCGGGGAUUUGCAAUUCUUACACUCGGCUGUCAGGGCGCAAGGAACCAGUCCACCGCCUGGCGAGCCCGAGAUCGGGCGCCCCAAGCGCUCCAUUUGCGGCUGCCUGACCAAGAAAGGUCGCUCAGCCUCUAUCACCGGCUCCAAGAGGCAAGGUACGUCGGCUGGCUAUUCCAGUGAUUCGGAUUCCAGCGGCGCGUCAAGCCCGGCAAGUUCCAGCGAUUCUUCGGAAGAUGAGGAGGAGGAAGAGGAUGACGACGAGGAGGACGAAUCUUCCUGCAGUAGCGAGGACGGCAGCUCCUCCGGAUCAGAAAGCAGUUCCCUAUGCAGUGGCGACUCAGUGCAAAGCACGCGGUACAGACAGGCCGCCCUUCCCCGCAUCCCUCCCCAAAAUGCAUCUUCCCAAGCCCUUCCCAGUGUGGCCAAAGCACUGCGCCCCGACCCGAACUUGCUCUUUUGGGCCAGGACGUUGCGCGCCUCCAGUUUGGAAAGUUUCAAGCCGAUUCCUAACAGUACGCCCAAGGAGCUUCAGCAAGACAGACCUGAGACUCGGCAUUCUUCAGUUUCCCCAGCCCGUCCGAACGGCCCUCAGCCAAAGAACGAAGACAUCAGGGAGGCGUCGGAGUCGGGUGUCCAGGAGGGCGAAGAGGCCGAUUUCCUGAGCAUUUCCGAUGGUGUCCGAGCCGGUGAGCAGGAUAAAACUGAGGAAGCCGCGCUUCAUCAGACCUCCGAGGAAGGAUUAGGCAGAGGGGCCCAUUUCGAUAGGCUUAUCAGGCAAUCGAAACUCUGGUGCUAUGCCAAAGGGUUCAACGUGGAUGGGAAAGGCUUGCGCAGAGCCGAUCAGGCCAAAGGGUGUUCUCCCGCUUCCAAAACUGGCCUCCUUAGUCUGGCCAACAGACCGCUGAAGGGGAGCAGCGACUCGGAAAGGGGUUCCAGGAGAUGUCGAGUCGAGCAGGCCAAGGCCCCCAAGAUUCCGAGGAAGAAGACCCCAAAGGGGGGCACCCCGCCUUGCAAACGCUUGCUCAGCACCAGUCCCGGCUCUGUAAGGAAUCCAUUUACUUUGAUGGGCACUUUUCCAUGUACACCCGCAUUAGUCGUGGGUUCAGAUGGGGAUCUCUGUCCUGCAUCGUCCUUGUGCGUCAAAGACUCCUGUGCCCUCUCCAAAACGCACCCACUUUGGACCUGGCAGCUGGGGGGUAAUGCCAUCCCCAUGCCUCCCAGCCUGAAAUUCCAGGGAUAUGGUUUUGAAGACUUUUAGAUGAAAGAUUUAAAGUAGUUAUGUGCAACGAUUUGUUUCGUUUAUGGAGGGAACAGUGUGGAUGGGAAAAGGAAAAUAGAAUAUAUUCUGUACAGAAAAAAAAUGAUCUUGCAAUCUUAAGUAUAUAUACUUGGAAAUAACCUUUUUGGGUUCAGUGGCCUUUAAUUGCAAGUCAGGUGAUAAUAGCAGUUGAUGAUGUUUAAAGUCAAUUGCCCCAAAGUAGGACUGGCUGAAAUAGAUAAAAAUGUUUUUAAAAUAGAAAAAGUGCAAUCAAAUAUAUAAUUAUUCAGACAGAAUUGUGGGAUUUAAUUAUGUAUAAGUGGCUGUAAGUUUGAAGCCUAAAAGUUUUCAAAAAAAGAAUGGACUUUUGAUUCCCAAAUAGCUUGAGUUUUUUUUUUUUAAGAAUCCUGAAAAUCUCCCAUCACAUGAAAUUCCUUUAUUUAUACCAGUGGCUUUAUUUUAAACAGCCCAUCCAGUCAGCAAUUCUUAAUAAAAUUGCACACCUUUGAAAAUAUAAAAAAUUAAAUCUUACUUGACAGUAAUUAUAGGGAGCCAAAAGAAAUGGUUAAAAAAAUUAUUGACAGUAAGAGAAAGUAGAAAAUAAAGUUGAGUAUAGAUAUUUAACUUUUAUGCUUUAAUUGGGGAUAUAGUGUUUUUGUUUAUGUUGCACAUUUAUAUUGUAGGGAGCUGCAAUAACAAUUAAGAAAAAAAAGAUACAGGCAGUUGGAGAAAAUCUGGUCUCUCCUUUCCUUUUAACAUGCAGUGGUUUGUUCCAUGCUGUGAAAUUUGGAAAAGCUGUGUGUGUGCGUGUGGGGUGUUGUAGGGAAUGAGAAAGUCUCUGGACAAGGCUCCCCUCCCCUUUCCCAAGUGAAAGACCCUCUCCUCUCCUCUCCCUCCCCCAUUAGCAAAGUUAAAAGUAUGCUCUCCUCCCAGCCCCCAACUUUCUUCCUUAAUUUGGAAGAGAAAUGGAAUGGCCUUUCAACUGCAGCACAUUAAACUCAUCAAAGGAUCACUCCCCUCCCCAUUCCAUUCACUUCCUGAUUAAAACUUAAGCAAAGCCAAUCUGAUUACUUUAUCCCCAAUACCAGAACUUUUGAGAAAAAGAAAGGUCUCCACAGUAGACUUUUUUCUUCUCUUUCAAUAAAGAAAAAUAUUUUAAACUAAAGUAGAAGCAAAGUCCUUAUCUCUCCUGCAUGAAGAAAAAAAAAGUUGCUUAAAUUUUUGCAUCAUUUCAAACAAUUAUUUUUUGGUUAAUAGAUCCCUGACAUUAGUAGCCCACGUAAUAUUCUGUUUAUUUAAAUAUUUGCUGGAAAGAAUAAAUUGGGUCCAGGGGUAAAUUUGAAUGAAUCACAGAUGGACAAUUUGAUCUCCAAAGUGAAAUGUAGAAAAGAGGAAUUCUUUUGUCUUUGCCAGAGAAAACAGUGAUCUCUUUCCCUCGUGCAAAUAGUUCUUUAUUGUUUCAUAUGUAAUAUACCCCUUUGUCUUCCAAGAUUGCUCUGUGUCACAAAACUCAAAUUCAAAUUGAAAUCUUCAUCUCUAGAGUAAAAAACCUCUUAUGACUGUAAGAUAUGUGUGUGUGCGUGUGUAUGUAUGCAUGCAUGCAUGUAUCUAUCUAUCUAUCUAUCUAUCUAUCUAUCUAUCUAUCUAUCUAUCUAUCUAUCUAUCUAUCUAUCUAUCUAUCUAUCUAUCUAUCUUCAGUUUCAAAAUCUUACAUCAGGGAAGAAAGAGCUCAGUUGCCCAUAAAUAGAUCUUGCUGCACAAUCCGUAAAGACCACAGGCAAAAACAUUGUUUAAAAGUGCAAAACAGUUUAAUUAGGAGGUAAGUCCUCCUGGAAUUACUGGACCUUAAAUCCUUAAGUCUACAUGAUUUUAUGUGUAAGUAAGCUAUGCAUCAACUGACCUUAUUCCCAACUGUGCAGUCAAACAGUAACAUAUUUAGGAAUCAGAUACCAAUAUUUGUCUGGAUCUAUUAUUAAAAUAGGCUUUCCUGAAGAAGGGGACAAACCUUAUUGGGGAUGGCUGGGUGAAAUGAAUUGAUUGAAAUGUCAGAUUUUAUCUAGAAAGAAAUUCCAGCACUUUGAAUUUUACAAAUUGAUUACUAAGUGCAACAAUGAAACAAACCAAAUAUGGAACGUAUAGAAAAUGUGUAUGAUUUUAAAAAAUAAGACUCAUAUAGAAAACAAUAACAAAAAUACCACAGUACAAUUUCUACUAUUCCCCAUCUUGGUUAAUUGUACAGUAUUUAAAUUUUGCAGCUGAAUUACACUUUUCUUUUUUUUUAGGUUGUGGUUGUGGUUAUACUGUAUUCUUGUCUACUUGAAAGUAAGAGGGAUUGAUAAUAGAAUCUUAUUUCUAAAUAAACCUGCUUAGGAUUACUGGGUUAGUUAUUUUCACUUUAUAAGCCUGCUUUUUUGUUAAGUGGGAGAUGUUUUAUUGUCAAAAUAGCUCUCAGUGAAGAAAAGGAGAUAUUCUGUUUUUUUCAAAAAAUCAGGGCAAUGCAGUGUCCUUAAUGUAGUUCGCAUUCAUUGUGUUUAUGCAGAAGAGUUGUCCAUUGAAUUGUGUGAGUCCCAAAUAUUUGAAAGCAACAAAGAAAGAAUAAGAAAACCUGGUUAUUCCUAGGGGCAUUACAUAACUUAAGGCUUUGUGUAAAAUAACUGAAUUAAGAAUUUCCUGACUGUCAGCUCUCUCUCUCCCCUCCCCCUCCCCUCCCCCUCCUCUUUCCCCUGGUUUUGGGCAUUUAUUUGGUAUGAAUUAGCUUUGCUAAUGUUAAAUCUUCAUCCUGGUUCAUCCAAGCUGGGAAUAAAUAAGCAAAAAUAGGACAAUAGAAUUUUCAGGAAAAAAAUUAUAGAUCAUUAUCUUUGGAAUUCUUUCCUGAUGGGUUAGAAAAGCAGACAGACCCCUUGGUGUGUGAAUGUGAAAGAAAGCAAAGAGAAAGGAUCAUUUUUGCAGUUGUCUACACUUUCUUUAAAGAACCCCCUACUCAAAGCUAACCCAGCCCAGUCAUUUUAUUUUAGUGUUCAAAAUAUGACUUCAAUUUUGCUUAUGAUAAAGGAGGGAGUCCUGUAUUUGCCAAGCAGAAUGCAGCAUUAGUUGCAGGCUGACUAUUCAAAGGAAUGUGGAAUUUGAUGGAAGCCAAAUAUUGACAUACCCCUUCAGUUUCUCUCCUGAACUUCUUACUGAGCUUUGCAAAUAGGAGGCACACAAAUGAAGAGAAAAAGAAAAGAGAUCUAAAAUAAUGUAUAAAGAAUUGGUUAAAAUGGGGAAAGGGGAAUGCUUCUAAUCUUACAUUUGCACCAUAAUCUAGUUUCUGUAUUCAGGAACAGGUCUGAAGGACCCAUCUGUUGUAGGGUAUUGAUGCUGAAGAGAGGUGUGGAUAUGUGGGUGUGAGUGUGUAUGAGACAGAAAGAGAAAUUGCACCCCCAUGGUGCAAGGCAUGCUUGUUCCCUCCCCAAUACAACCAAGCUUGCAUUGCUUUUCUCCAGACAGUGCUGUGUUGUAUAAACACCCUUCUGGUUCUCUGGAUCAAGAUUUAGUUGCAACAUUGCUCACCCCACUCAUUCUUUACAUAAAAUAAACUUAAAAUAUUAAAAUAUUUAAAAAGUAGUAAAUAAAAAAGAGGCAAGGACAAUUGGCAGGAAAAAAAAAUCUUUUUUGUAUAUUCAGCCAAAAUAACCUCACCUCUACUUAGUCAAACCGACCUAUUCAGCUUCCCAUAAUCAUUUUGUUCUGUGUAAAAGCUACUAGCGUGUUCUGUCACACAAACCUCUAGUAAAUGAUUUGGAGCUGAAUUGUUCCCAGUCAUUUCAGUAGAGAUCCUUCCAUUUUGUACUGAAAUGCUCAGUUGCUAGUUCAUAAUUCUUAAAAAUGAAAAUGCCCCCUUAAGACAUGCAAACAUCAUAUAGUGGUAUUCACACUUGUUUGUACAUGUCGAGCAGAACCAUGUAUGCCAUACAAAUACAAAUAUUAGAAGUAGAUGUAAAACCUUAGUAUGUGUAUGUGCAAAUUAAUGUGGAAAAAUAGAUUUUCAAACAAUGAAAAUACUGACGUUGCAAACACAGGUGAGUUAGUCUAACUGAAUCAGAGGACUAACUUUUCUGUAAACAUGCUAUAGAAUUACAAUAUUGGUUUUUCAGUACUUUAUGAGAAACUUUAGUUGAUUACAGUAUAGGAUAGCCUAACUCUAAAUAUUGUGAAUGUAUAUGUACUGGUGCUUAUGUGGUUUACAGUACAUGUAUUGGACUGCACCUAUGCAUUGCCAGGAAAGAAACAAUGACAUAGACACCUAAACACACAAAAAAUAUUAUAAAAUUAAAUGAGCCCUCUACUGAAAUUUAUGUGAGAACAAGCUUUGCAGGUAAUCAAGUUUUGUAUUCUGAGUGGAAUGGAGCUGCUUUAUGUAUGAGAUUUGUGUGGGUGUAGGUGUGUAAAUCAUUGUGAUAUAUCAGCUUAAACUGCAUUUACAAUUGAUGUUCAGAGUAUCAAUAGGAACAUUUUCACACAUGACACAGAAUGUACAUUUGAGCUUGUAAGUAUAAUGCAAAUACAAUCCCACAUUUCUUAGCAUGCAUAGUGGGUUUAAAUCUGGCUCUAUUUUUCUAUUUUAUGUUCACAGCAUUUACAUGUAUUGCAAGGGAGGCUCCAGAGAACUUCAGAGUUGUGUAUAGAAAAUCCUUUGUCUCUAAUGUCAUGUUUUGAUACUGCAUUCAAAAUUCUCAGGGCUACUCAGUAAAUUAUUGAUAUGUUUUUCAAAAUUUUCUGGGAUAGUCUAACUACAGCUACUAGAUUUUGAUUUCCUUGCAUGAUACCUCAGAUCAGUCAUCUCUGUAGAAAUAACAAUUUUUCUACAAAUAGAUACCAUUUAAGGUAUGGAGGAAAAGUGAUUUAUUUACCCUAUCAUUUGUACAUUCAAGGCAGUAGGCACUCAAAAUUACAACAGAAACUUUUAAUGUCAUGCAUGUAAACACAAAGAGAUACAGGGGAUUUUUUAAAGUUAAAUUUUAAAGCUUGUUUUCAAAAGUGGACAUUAGUUAGUGAUUCUCAUGCAAUGUUCUGCUAAAAUAUGAUUUGUUAGUUUUGGAUUUAGAGAUAAAUGUGAAGCCAUACAUAAAGGCUUAUAACAUUAUCUACAAGCCAAGAACCCACAGAUUGAUCUACAAAUCCUGGUUCAGGGUUAGGUGUCAUUUCAGCUAUACCUUUAUGGUAUUUUUAUUUCAGGCACAUAGACCUUAAAAAGAAGCACUAUCUAGAGAGGCAUUAAAAGUUAGAUUUAAGUUAGCCAGGCGAAGCUACAAUCAUAUCAUAUUCAAUACACUUAUCAUGGAGUAAAAGGUGAGGCUUCCCUUGAUCUGAGCUUGAUUCCUAGUGACAUAUUGGAACAUACAGAAGUGAUUUUCCUUUUCCUUUUUCUAGAGACUUUUUUUUAAACUAUUCCAGUUUAUCUUAUAGACCAGGUUCUAAAAAAUUUGGUUUGAAAUGCUUAUUUCCUUUUGAUCAGUCUGGAAACUUGGAGAAGUUAAUUAUCAAUCUUGUUUAACUAAAUGAGUUGGAAGUAAGGAUAUAUUGUGUAUUGGCUAGUGCAACCUGAUGGAUGUAAACAUGGAUAAUUAGAGGCCUUUCUUGCUGAAAAUUCCAGAGUUGCAUUAUUGAAUAGGACUUUUUAAUCCCAGGAAAUAAAUAUAUUUUAAAGAGGUCAUCUGGAGUUCAAAGGAAUAUUUUCAAACAUCUUGCAUGAUCCUGGCGUCUCUGUGAUAUGCACUGACUUGCUGCUUUCAGUGAAACAUAUUUCUAAAAACAUGAUUGAAUACCAUCUUAAAUUCAAGUAUACUGUUUAAUUUGUUCCAAACUGCAGGCAAUAUGGCCUCAGAUUUUUACUGGAAAAUAGACCUCUUAUUUUUAAGUAAAGAUAUGUUAAGCAAGAUUAACAAAUGAAACUAUUGUGGGUCAAUACCUACAUUGUUGAGAAAUUGUGAAAAAUGAUAUGGAUCAUACAAAUCUUAGAACAAAACUGUAAUCAUAUGAGAAAUUUCUUUCUAUCCUUAUGUAUCCUUUCUACUAUGAAAAAUACUCAUAUGCAGAGAGUAAGGAAUCUGAUAUUGAUUAAAGAUUAAAAUAACAAAGGGAAAAUAUGUUUUUCAGAUAAAAAAAGGAGGAAACAUUGUUUCCAUUUAGGACACGCAUUUCCUGCAAGAAGUCUUUAGUGCAAGAUGUACUUUUUUUAUGGUACAGCUCAUAGGGCAGAGUGCUCACUGAUGUUUGGACCCAAGUACAGUAAAUGCAAGCACUCUCUUGGGAACAGACUCCUUCCACAUCAUAUAUCCUUCUAGAGGAUGACAAUUACUUUAGAAUUCACUUUGGCCUGUAAUGGGGGUAUCCCAAAUGGGCACAAGAUGGAGAAAAAAAAAAAAAAGGAUUUAUCAAGAUUGGUAGUAUUGUUGAAUCAGUCAAUCUUUUAAAAUGGGAAACUUUCUCUAUAAAAGGGGGAAGGAAACAACCACCUAUAAUAAAGUUCUUUUAAACUAUAAUAUCUCCAGUUGGGGGGGGGGUUGCUUUUCAAGGCAUUGUUUCAUUGCAGAGAAAAGAUUCCAAACAGAAUUGUUUUGAAGAUUAACACAUAUCUUUCCCAGUUGUUUUUACAUAGCUGGCUAGAUAGCAUGAGGUAGAAUUUCUGUUUUCAUUUAAAUAAUUUGAAGCCACUCAAGAAAAAGAUGGGAAAAUCAACUUGAAGGAAGCUUAUAAGGAUGUGGAAGGCAGGGAGGUGAGGUUGAGUGGUUAAGUGGAAGAGGAAGCAUACAAGUCUCCCUCUCUCUUUUGAAAUUGAAAUGUAAAGAUAUUUACAUUUCUCCAUGUUUAAAGAAAAGAAAUGAUCAGUACCUACAAAUAAAAUAGCAUCCUGUGAAUUGCUUUACUAAUUCCGGUUGGUUGUAUCUGAAUUUGAAAGAAUUUAGAUUAAAGGGUAGAACUUUCGUUGGAAAGUUCCCAAACAUAAUUCUCUGAAUCCUAUGAACUAAAAAAGAUAAAUUUUAAGAAGAAUAGAAACUAUUUUUUUUCCCCAAUAAACAAUAUUUUUUCUUACAAACUAAUUCUCCCUUUUGACUGUGUUUAGAAAGAAGUGAGAGAGGUUUGUCUUGGAACACAGCUAGCAACAAAAGCACAGUGAAUUAGCAUUUUCACCUUUGUUUCAAUACAGAAGUGUUGGACAACUGGUUAUGAUGGAAACUGUAAUACAACACUACUGAAAUAUGCCUUGUUACUGGAAGAUUGUACAAAAGAGAAAAGAGCAUUUUUCUUUCUCAUCUCCUUCAAGCUAGCUGGAAGAGAAGGGGCAUA